AUGCUGCAGGAUCCCACUGGAAGAUUACUCUAUCUGGGGGAUGCGGCGACUUUGGCGAACCUCCAGUUAAUUCGCAUGAUGAUCGAAAGCGUCGCUGGUCCUUCUCCGUUCACUGCCGAUGCCAGCAGGCAUAAAAUCAUGGAAUCUCAGAUCUCGAUUCCAAACAUGCGACACCCUCAGUUGCUACCUGAUAAAAAGACCGCGGUUGUCCUGGUCGACAGCUUCUUCAUCAAUACCCAUGGUCUAGUACAUAUCUUCGAACGACAAGACUUUCUCAGCCGCAUGGAUGCAUGCUAUUCGGAUCCAUUAUCUGCUGACGCCCCCUGGCUCUGCUUACUCAACCUAGUGUUUGCAAUUGGCCUUAUACUGGCCACGCCAGCGCCAGGUUCAAUAGAAGAAGACGUGAUUGUAAAGCUUCGGAAAAAUCCCGAGGAACUGUCCGAUAAAUUCUACCUCAGCGCGAAAAUCUUGAACGAUCCAGUGGUUGGCAUCGAGGACUCCGACUUCUGGUCCAUCCAGGCUCUUCUUCUCAUGACAUUAUAUAUGCUAGCUAGGUCAAAACGGAACACCGCAUUUGCCCUACUCGGUAUGGCAGUGCGGUCUGCAUAUGCUCUUGGUUUGCAUCGACAAGAGACAACGCAGAUCUUUCCUUCCGAAACGCAAUCGGCCAGACAGAAUAUCUGGAGGUCCCUGUUCGUCCUUGAUCGAUUCCUAUCCUCCUCUCUCGGCCGUCCCACAGCAAUCUCCGAGGAUGAAUGCAGUGGGAAGGCACUCAACCCAAAUUUCAAGUUUCAACCAACUCCGGUAUCGUUCGACCCCAUUUUGCCAGGGCCAGCGGUAUUUUAUCAGACCAGCAUUCAAGGCCUUGAUUCGGUAGUGCGGAGUUGCUCAGUGAUCGGCAUGACCCUCCGGCGUGUGUAUCAACCACGCAAGAUCUCGACCAAAUUGGCGCAAGAAAUUGCAGAUAUAUACAAGCAGUGGCCCAAGAAUCUCGUCGAAGAGCUACACUGGCGCCAUGCUCGCUCGGCAUCAGCAAGUCAAGGAAUCGCCAUUCUCCAUGUCAACCUCUUCUUCUGCCACUCGAUCAUUUUGCUGUCGCACCCUUUUUUCCUUUACCUCAUGAAUAUGAUCAUUACGAAGCGCUACAAUCCGACAGAAGCAUCGAACCGUUCAAAACGGAUGUACACCCGCAUGACUCUGUUCAGCAAUUCUUGUGUCGCCGCAUCUUCUCAAACCAUUAACAUCCUUCAAAACGCAUAUGUAGCUGGGUAUCUCCCAAGACGAAACCCUUGCUUCAUCUACUUCCUUUUCAGCGCCACGAUAAUCAUCCUCUGCAACGAGUUUGUCUAUCUAUACCAGCAUUCCGACGCUACCCGCGACAUCGAGAACGCAUCUCGCCUAAUGGACUACUGCGCGGAGACGGAUCCACAUGCAUCGACACUGACGUAUAUCGUCUCCUCUUUCCGCGACGUCGUGGAAAAGGAAAAGGCUAAACGCCCACAACCAUCUGACGGUCCUUCGCCGGAGCCGACUUCCACAGGUGCAUACCCUAAUCCAAAUCCAGUCGCUCAGGCACCCAUGGAUUCAAAAACUAGCGCUCCGAAGCAGGGAUACUACCUUCCUCACCCCCCAAGUGCCAAUUUACUCUCAUCAACGGCCCAUUCGACCCCGUCAGCAACCGCCACCACAGCCACGCCCGGCAUCCCCACCCUGCAGCCCUUACCCCCCUCUCAAGUACCUCAAAUCCAUCCCGGCUACAAGGCCAAGCCGUCCUACCCCCAACCCCCACGCCAACCCUUCUUCAACCUCGACUCCCUCCACAACUCUGGCUUCUCAUUUCUCCAUGACCAGCACCGAAGCGACGGAGCCGACGAAGUCGAACGCGAAGGUAGCUCUGGGAAUGAAGACCAGAUCGAUUUCAACACACUGUGGCGGUCGUGGCCGCAUUCACAGCAGCAGCAGAGCUUUGGGGGUGGGGGUCCGCGGCCAGCAUAA